GCCCAGGCCUACCUGGACAAGGUGGAGAACACUUGCAAGGAAUUUUCAAGUCCCUUCCGCUAUAGGAUGGAGUGUGCCGAGAUGGACAGUGAGGAAGGCUGGGCCUUGCUGAAGUGUGGAGGACAGAAUAAUAGACGAGCCAUGGCCUGCUUUGCAAAGGCUCUGAAAGUGGAGCCUGAAAACCCUGACUACAACAAUGGCUAUGCUGUUGCAGCCUAUCGCCAGGAUUUCAAUGACAAUAGUAUUUCUCUGGAACCCCUAAGGAAAGCUGUCAGGUUAAAUCCAGAUGAUCCUUAUCUUAAAGUUCUUCUUGCCCUAAAGCUUCAGAACUUGGGAAAACCAGAUGAAGCAAGAAUGUACAUUGAAGAAGCUCAGGCCAACACAUCCUGCCAACCCUAUGUGUUCGGAUAUCUGGCCAAAUUUUACCUUAAGGAAGGUUUUGUAGAGAGAGCUCUUAGUCUCCUAUACAGGGCCUUGCAGGCAAGACCUUUAUCUGCCUUCUUGCAUUACCAGAUUGGGCUUUGCUAUAAGAAGCAAAUGAUCCAAAUAAAGGAAGCUACAAACAUGCAACCUAGAGGUCAGGAUAGAGAAAUAGCAGAUCAAUUGAUCCGUUUGGCUAUGCUUCACUUUCAAAAGACUUUGGAACUGAGACCCACAUAUGACACAGCUUAUGUUAAUCUGGCUGAAAUGUACAUAGAAACUGGCCAAUUUGGAAAGGCAGAGGACAAUUUUCAGAAAGUGUUGAGCAUGAGGAACCUUGAUGUUACUAUUCUGCAAGAUAUUCAUUUCCGCUAUGGCCGCUUCCAACAGUUUUGUAAGAGAUCAGAAGACAGAGCUAUCACCCAUUAUAUAAAGGGUCUGAAAAUAGAAGUGACUUCUUCCUAUGUCAGAAACAAGCUUCUCGAGGCUUUGCAGAAGCUGGCUGAAAGACGCAUUCGCCAGAAUGUUCACGUUGUGGAGAGCAUCAGCCUCCUUGGAUUUGUCUACAAACUGAGAGGGGACAUGAGUGAGGCUCUGCGAUGCUAUGAGAAGGCCCUGAGACUCACUCAAGCAUUGAACCCUGAGUUUUGAAGCACAGCUCAUCAAAUGACUUAGUAAGCAUUCUCAGGGCUCAUUAUUCUACUACUCUUUUGUGGCUGUUGCCUUAAAUAUGAGGAACCAGAUGAAGCAAGUUGGAGAGGACUCCUAAUCUGUAUUCUGCCUUUCUACAGCCCUGUUUUUGUUUUGCUUGU